AUGGCGGUAGCAGCGCGGCGUCACCGCCAUCUCCAGCUCCCGGAGGACGAGUCGAAUCGCCGGCGCGAGCUCCACAAGAAUCAGCUCUUCCAGGCAAGCAGAUCGAUCAGUAGGCUUGCAAAGCAAGGAAAUGUGGCUGAUGCCCGCGCCCUCUUUGACAGGAUCCCUCGCCAUGACCUCGAUGCCGCCGUCUGGAACGCUCUCAUUCUCGCCUAUGCCACCAAUGCCCAGGGAGAGAUCGCCCUGGAGCUCUUCUCGCGGAUGGAAUGCGAGCCAGAUGCCAGGACUUUUGUGGCAGCGAUCAAGGCGUGUCUGGCAUUGGCGGCGGGAGAUCCAGCGAUGGAGUUGGAGCUGGAUGGAGUGGCUGUCAAGGCUAGAGCGCUGGAGAUUGGCAUGGAUCUUCACGCUCGAGCAGCGAGAUCUUACUUGGACGUGAGAGAUAAGUUCGUGGCCAAUGUUUUGAUCGACAUGUACGCGAGGUGUGGCAGCGUGGUGGACUCCUCGCAAGUGUUCUUCCGGAUGGAGAAUCCAGAUAUCGUGUCGUGGACUUCGCUGAUCCUCGGCCAUGCCGAGAGUGGAGAUGGCGAGGCUGGGCUGGAGCUUUUCGAGAGAAUGGUGGGAGAGAGAAACGUUUACGCGGAUUCCAGAGCUUACGUUGCUGCGGUAAAGUCAUGCACGAAGAUCUCCGCCAGGGAAGAGAAGAAGAUACUCGGUGGUGAUGGAAAGGCUGUGAAGAUCAGGUGUUUGGAGAGAGGCUUUGCUCUUCACUUGCAUGCUGCAAAGAAUGGUCGCCUCGACCGUGAUACUUUCGUAGCGACAUCGCUGUGUGACAUGUACGCCAACUUUGGAAGCAUGGACGAUGCCGUAGGAGUGUUUUCCAGGAUCACUCGCCGGGAUAUCAUCUCCUGGAAUGCGAUGCUGCUUGGUUACGCGGAGAACGGACAUGGACGAAGAGCAGUGGAGCUCUUCUUGGCGAUGGUUUGCGAAGGAUUCAAGCCAAACGAUCGGACUUUCGUCGCUGCUUUCAAGGCGUGCAGCAGCAUGGCAGUGGAGGAACAGAGCAGUGAAGUCGAUAGAAAAGCUGUGAAGAUCGCGUCUUUGGAGACUGGAAUGGCGAUCCACUCAUUCGGAGCUGCGACGAGGGACGAUAUCUACGUGACGACGAGCCUCCUCGACAUGUACACCAAGUGUAACUCCAUGCCGGACGCUCGCAGAGUUUUCGACAAGAUGGCCGUGCGCGCUCUCGUCACUUGGAACUCGCUGCUGCUGGGAUACGCCGAGAGUGGCGAGAGCGAGAUGGCACUGGAGCUCCUCGAACGGAUGAUCCUGGUGGAGAGAAUCUCCCCGGACGCUCGAACUUACGGUGCUGCUCUCAAGGCCUGCGGAGGCAAAGCAGCUCUCCAGCUCGGGAAGGCACUCCACGCGGGGAUUUGCAGGACUGGAUCACUGGAAAACAACUCUUCUCUAGCCGGCUGCCUGGUCGAUUUCUACAGCAGGUGUGGGAGCAUCAACGAAGCUUGCCAGGUUUUCCAUUCGAUCGACAGGAACGACACGGUAACUUGGAGUUCAUUGCUAGCGGGAUUAAGUCGCCAGGGAAGCGUCCACCAAGUUCUAAGCUACUUCCAGAGCAUGCUAGACGAAGGCGUGGAGCCCGACGGUAUCACGUUUCUAUCAGUGAUAUCGAGCUGUGGACACGCGGGGCUCGUCGAGAGAGGCAUGGAAUACUUCCAAGUUAUGAGCUCGAGUUAUGGCAUUCAACCGGGACUGGAACAUUACCACUGCGUGAUCGAUUUGCUGGGUCGAGCAAACCGGCUGGAGGAAGCAGUGGCGAUGGUGGAUUCCAUGCCUGUGAGGCCGACUGGAUUGACAUGGACGACGGUGUUGGCCGCUGGCUGCCGUUGGAAGAACUUCGGCGUAGCGAAGCUAGCGUUUGAGUCCCUGCUCGAGGCGAGUACCGAGGUGGUGGAGGUGGGAUACGUUCUCAUGGCUAAUUUGUAUGGAAGCUUGGGAAUGUGGGACGCUCGGAAGGAAGUUUUUGACGCUCUUGCGAGAGGGAGAGGAGAAAACAACACGGAAGAACUAAUGGAAAUGGAAAAGUUUUCAUAG